GCUCAGACCGACAAGUGAAGUCGCUCUGCGUGUGUGUGAGUUUGUGCGUGUAUUUGGUAUACAAGCCCUUUAACUAAACCUUCCAGUUCCAGUAAUUGCAUUUCAAGAGAUUUUUAAAACUUUGCCAAAAUGCCACUAAAAAUUCAAAAUGUUCUCGUCUGCGAUGAAGUUGAUAAAUCAUGUGUCGACCUUCUCCAAGAGCAUGGCAUCAAUGUUACUUACAAGCUUAAAUUGCCGGUUGAUGAGCUCUGUAAAGCAGUAAAGAACUUUGAUGCUGCGAUUGUGCGUUCGGAUACAAAAAUAACAGCGGAAGUUCUUGCAGCUGGAGCGGGGAGCCUUAAAGUUGUGGGUCGAGCGGGAGCCGGAGUGGACAACAUCGAUGUGGCUGCAGCGACAUCGCAUAAUGUCGUUGUCCUUAACACUCCGGGCGGCAAUUCUAUUUCGGCUUGUGAACUGACGUGCAUCCUAAUUGGCGCUCUGGCGCGUCCCGUUGUGCCUGCCGGACAGAGCAUGAAGGAGGGUCGCUGGGACAGGAAAUUGUAUAGCGGCAGUGAGCUCUAUGGCAAAACUUUGGCCGUACUUGGCUUGGGUCGCAUUGGACGUGAAGUGGCCAUACGCAUGAAGACAUGGGGCAUGAGGGUAAUUGGCUAUGAUCCCAUUACCACGGAGGCGGAGGCCAAAGCAGCAGGCAUUGAGAAAAUGACCCUGGAAGAAAUUUGGCCACUGGCCGACUAUAUUACAGUGCAUACUCCACUGAUACCGGCUACCAGAAACCUAAUUUGCGGGGAGACGUUGGAGAAGUGCAAGCAAGGUGUCAAGGUUGUCAACGUGGCACGUGGCGGCAUCAUCGAUGAACGGGCUGUUUUGGAUGCUCUCAAUAGUGGCAAAUGCGCUGGCGCUGCUUUCGAUGUCUUCCCCGAAGAACCACCCAAGUCGGAGGUUACCAAGGCCCUUAUCAAUCAUCCCAAAGUCGUGGCCACGCCUCACCUGGGCGCCAGCACCUCUGAGGCUCAAGUCCGUGUCGCUGUUGAGGUUGCCGAGCAAUUCAUUGCCCUGAAUGGCACCUCACCCAAGUAUACAACAUACCUGGGUGUUAUCAACAAAGAAGCCCUUGCCCAUUACCAGUAAUCCCAUAAUAAUCAUCUUAUAACUCUUUCCCACUCCAAGGCAUACAACACUUUUAAUUUCUUACAACGUCAUUUUUAUAUUAAUAAAAAAUACCCACAAUAUAUUAAUUGUUUAUUAAUAAUUACUUUCUGUGGGUAUGAAAUCGAAAGAUUCAUUAAACUUCUCACAUUUAUUGUAGCGAAAAAUAAAAACCAUACAAAUUAAAACAAA